AUGGGCAUCCCUACCAACGCCGAGAUCAAAUCCCUCUUGGAGUCACAAUUCCACUCCAAACUCCAAAACUCGGAUCUCCACGACGAUUCCGAGACCCUCUUCCAGUUCGGACACUUGGACCAACUCUUCUCCGAAGACGUCGAAUUCCACAUCUCUGGCCAUGAAUUCCACCUUGGUGGGAAACACCAGGGUCUGGAUUCCUUCAAAGACCACUUGGACUCUGACAGUAUGCCAAGCCUCAGCAGCAUCAUCGACGUGACCAAGCCGAUCAAGGGGCAGGUUCUCCAUGUCAUUGGGGGCGAGCGUGAUGAGUGGAAGGCGGCUGUGCUUCACAGCACUGCAACAACUCAAAACAAUACCCCAUGGAACCACGAAAUGGUUGUCUUGAUGCGCUUCAACCACGAUGGAAAGAUUACCGAGCUCCGGGCAUAUGCUGACACCCAGCACGUUCACAACCAUAUCCAGGAUCACAAAUAA